GGUUAGUUUCGAUCAUUUAAACUUUUAGAAGUGUGUUUCCUACACCUAUUGGAUGCUACCCCGUAUUGUGUAAAAAAGAAUAAUUAGCAAAAAAACCAAAAUAAUUCAAAUCAUAAACACAAGAAGAGAGAAGAGUAAGAGGAAGGUCUAAGAAUCACAAUGGACGUGAUUAAAACUCAGCAAAUAUUUUCAUCAAAAUCAAUCGAGAAGGUGGUUGUUCAUCCAUUGGUGCUUCUGAGCAUUGUAGAUCACUAUAAUCGUGUUGCACGCGACACCAAGAAGCGCGUCAUCGGUGUUUUGCUUGGAAGCACCUUCAAGGGUACCGUCGAUGUUACUAACAGCUACGCCGUUCCAUUUGAAGAAGAUGACAAGGACUCUAGCAUUUGGUUUCUCGACCACAACUACCAUGAAUCUAUGUUUUCCAUGUUUAGGAGAAUAAAUGCAAAGGAGCAUGUUGUGGGUUGGUAUAGCACUGGUCCUAAGCUCCGGGAGAAUGAUUUGGAUGUCCACAGAUUAUUUAGCGACUAUGUUCCAAAUCCUGUCUUGGUUAUCAUUGAUGUACAACCAGAAGAGCUGGGAAUACCAACAAAGGCUUAUUAUGCAGUUGAAGAAGUUAAAGAGAAUGCAACACAGAAGAGCCAAAAGGUAUUCGUACAUGUUCCUUCUGAAAUUGCUGCCCACGAAGUUGAGGAAAUUGGAGUUGAACACUUGCUUAGAGACGUGAAAGAUACAACAAUCAGUACUCUAGCGACAGAGGUGACUGGGAAACUUGGAGCUCUAAAGGGACUAGAUGCUCGUUUGCGAGAGAUCCGUAGUUAUCUUGAACUUGUCAUACAAGAAAAACUCCCAUUAAACCAUGAAAUAUUGUACCAUUUGCAGGAUGUGUUCAACCUUCUCCCUAAUCUUAGCGUUCUUGAGUUGGUCAAGGCUUUUGCAGUCAAAACAAAUGACAUGAUGCUGGUUAUAUAUCUGUCUUCUCUUAUCCGAAGUGUUAUUGCCCUCCACAACUUGAUUAACAACAAGAUGCUCAACAAGGAGCAUGAGAAGGCAGAAGACUCAAAGUCUUUAGCUAUAACUUCUGUCGCAGGGAGCUAAGCUCAAAAAUUAUACUUGGUUAAUGAGCUUCAGGGAGAGUACAGAUUUUGCUGUUAUUGCUAUAUCUAGAACUUGAAACUGAGAAUUUGCUUCAAUGCGCCUAGACUUUGCUUUGCAAAGUUAGGACUUGGGAAGGCAGUCCGAUACCCAUUGCAUGAGUUGAAGAAAUUAUCAUAUGUUUUAAACAUGCCAUCAUUUUUCAUUGUUUCAUUAUACCUUGUAUCUUAAGUAGUCAAGUUGCUGCUGCAUCUUUAAUGUUUGGUAGCUUGAUUACAAGGACAUAGAUUUGCUUGCUCAUGCUGUUUUUUGCUGUGCUAGCAUGAUUAUGUAGUUUGUUUACGAACCUUUUCACUCAAAAGACUAGAUAGAAGAUAAUGGGGGUAUGUAUUCAUUUAUUUGAUCCGUAUUAAGAUUGGUUGAAGUUGUAGAAGCUGUUUGACAGUACAAGAUUGUAGAUUUCCUCUA